GCCUCGGACCUGGACAUGGAGCUCCAGGAGCUGGUUCGGCGCGUGACGUUGCUGCAGGCGUGUGUGAGGGGCCGCCAGACCCGGCGGCGGAUGCAGAGCUUGAGAGCCGAGUACGAGGAGGUGGUGCGUGAGGUGGAGGGCGACCUGAGCGGGCAGCUGCGCUGGGUGGGACGCUGGCUCCCGAGGCCCGUUUUCUCCCCGGAGACCCGCAGAAGAACCUACGGCCCCAGGGAAGGAGAGGGCAGCCCUGGCCCACGUCGGGAGCCCCCCAUCAGACUCCGGGGUGAAGAGCCCGAGAGUGACGGAGGCUGGAAGGAACCAUGUCCAGUGAAGGGGCCUGAGCAGGGAGCUGGUCCUAGGUCUCAACAAGACCUCAUGAUGGAGGCUGGUGACAAGGCACUGAGGAGGGACCCAGAAGCCCAGGAAUUCACACUACCCUCCCAACCUGCCCAGCUACAGAGACUUCGAAGACAUCUUGCCAUGGAAAUGCUAUGGCUACAGCAGGCCAUUGUCAGUCGCAAGAAGUAUCUGCUUCUCAGACAAACGCUGGAUCUCUCAGAACAUUAGUUGGAGAGGGCCAUACCUCCAGUAAUGGGACCACCAGAAUGCCAUUAUCUAAGUGACCAGGCUGCUCACAGGACUGGGCUACUUCCUAAGCUGGGAAGCAGACACUGCUGCCAAGGUCCUCGCUGUGGGUCCCUUCUGCAGACUUCUGUUCCCCAACCUCUCCCAGUGGGGCAGAGUGAAGUCAGGGCACAACUUCGGCUUUGUCCUCAAUGUUGAUCGCAGCUCUGUCCACCAGGACCUCUCUUUCUCCAUCCCCUGGCCAGAAGACAGGAACUUGGUGAGAAUUAGAGGGAAGAGCAAGAGAAUCAGGCCACUGGGUUAUAGGAAGAAUAAAACUCCUUCUGGAACUUGGAUAGUC